CGCAACCCCCCACGAAGCCCAACCGCAACGAAUCAUCACAGUGAGUCACUCUCUCGCCCACCACAACACACCUCCGGCGGCGGCGGCGACCCCAGUCGAGAACACGAAGGCGAUGGCGACGGCGCUCAACCGCGGCCUCCGCUCCGGGAUCCGCCUCCUCGCCGCCGGCGCCGAGGCGUCCAAGCCAGCUUCUCGUGGAUUCCAUGCCACUGGUGUGAAGAGAAUGGGAGGGCACGGCCAUGAUGAGCCAUACUAUCUCCAUGCCAAGCACAUGUACAACUUGCACAGGAUGAAGCACCAGGGUUUGAAGGUGACUCUUUCCGUGCUGGGAGCAGUUAGCAUCGGCGUUGGAGUCCCCGUGUACGCAGUCAUUUUCCAGCAGAAGAAGACCGCCUCAGGUUGAGCGAUCAUGGUCUCAAGGCCUACAUAUCGGAGACUUAUUUUCAACAACAUUUUGUGAAGUUAGAAGCUUGGACUUCAUUCUACCUUGGUUGUUGCUUAUUACCGCGUUUUCUUACGAGAAGUUGUAACCUCGUUUCUUGCCAUCAUCAGUAGGACCCAACUUUCUGUUAAUAAUAUCGUGGCUUGAACUUUCCAGGCUGUGGAGAAACCUCAGCAGUGAUAUCAUUUGUUGUUGUGC